GGAAAAUAUAAACAAAAACGAACUCGUCUCUAACAGCAACACACCAACUAUCGCGAGAUGACGCGUUGCUAUGCGACAGCCGUACACAGUUUCCACAAGCAGCGCUUCAGGAAGACAAACGCGUUAAAGACACUUGAGUGGAAAUUACAGCCUGUGAAGCUUACAGUCUGAUCGCAGAGCACCAUGAAUUUAAACAACUUUGUGGUUCUUCCCAGCAAGCCGAAGUCAAUGAAGUUAAAUGUCAGGAAUCUUCGGGAGCUUCGUAUGGAAAAGUUGCAGCUGGAUCAGCAGACCAAAGAGAUGGAGAGCAAGCUGGAGGAGCUGAGAGAGCGUAUGAGUCAAGAGAAAGAGGAGAGAGAGAAAACGGGCGCAUCCCGCUGGCGUUCCGCUCAGCCCAAAGUUCUCGCCCCAGCGUUCCACAACGCCAAGACUAACAAGGAGAAUGCAACUCAAAGACUCUCUCCAGGAAAGAUGAAGAUUAGAGUGCUGAAGGAUGAGCCUUUGCCAGUUGUACAGAAGCAGGUGGUGGGACAACCGGCUGUCAAAACACAGGGUGCACACAGAAAACUCAGACUGAAGGGUAAAGUGUGUGGACAGUGUGAAGUUCAGCUGGCCGGACUGAUGUGCUCAGAAUGUGGAGAGGAUUACUGCGUAGGCUGUUUCGUCAGAUUCCACCAGAGGGGGGCACUGCAGCGCCAUCGAAUGAUACCCAUACAGGCACAGCUCCAGACCCCUGUCACCACUCGGGAUGUGUUGGAUCGCGUCCAUCAGCAGGUAUCACGUGAGCAGAACGGCACUAUCCCCAAAUCUGCUGAUGAGAGAGAGACACCAGUGACCAAGAACAUACAGCCCGUGUCUGAUGUCCAAACCCAACAGUUUUCUGUAUCAUCGCCUCAGGUGUUGUUUGUGAAUGACGGAGUUGACGUUGACAAUGAGGAGGGUGGUGAGGAGGACGACAGCUCUCUGUUGAAAGGAUACUUUGAUGAAGAAGAGUCAGCCAGGUCUUUCCAGGAAGCUCUGAAUGAGUGGAGAGAAAAAGGGCAGACAGGAGACACAUUCAGACCCAGACCAGUCUCUGCAAUGGAAACACAGACAGAAAAGAGACUUCAGCAGUUUAUCCAUCUGGACUUCAAAGAGGACACUCUAAGCUACAUGGAGAAGCUCCUUCUAAAAAAAUCCCGCAGGGGCCAAAUUGAAGAAUUUCGGCAGCAGCUUGAUGGCCAGCAUCAUCCAGACCUGACAGCACCUCCACCUGCCGAGACGGAUGAACUCAGUGAAAAACUGACAGAGGAGCAGAUGGAGCUACGUAAGUACUUUGCUUCUCUCUUCAAAAUCACACCCGCAGAGGAUGCUGGGAAAAUGAACGGCCCUGCAGAAUCCUGUUUGAGCAUCGUAGAGUUAGAUGAGAUGGAUACGGAUGCUAUGACGUACAGAUCCUUGGAAGUCGAGGAGAAAACUGAAAGCAAAAUGUUUGCAUCCAUUAAUUACCAAAAUAAAGUAGUAGAAUUUGGAUGCUCGAUCGCAACUUCCACACCAUCCCAGAUGACCAAAGCUACGAAGCUCAACUCUUCCCUUCAGCUCUGGCCGCCAACACAAGAGACUGACCGAUUUCCAUCACCUUUGCCAAAAUCAGAAAGCUCUAAUUUACUCCAGGAAUCAAGUUCUGAAUCAUUCCCAAAUGUUCCAAGGGAAGACCGAAAAGUUGAAUGUUCCUCUCAAGUAAUUCCGUCCACCAAACUCAGUGACUCCCCAGAACCAGAAUCAUGGACGAGAUCUUCUACAGCACAACUGAACAAGUCUUCAGAUCUUGUGCCAUCAUCAUCUUCUUUGUCCCUGAGAAGAAAAUUGAAUCCAACCAAUCCAGACCAUGAUGUCAAUCCCUCUCCUGGCAGCCUACAAUCUACUCGAAAGCAUUCGCCUUUGCUUCUCGCUAAAAGUCCAAAACCUCCAGAUGCUCCAUUCUCAACAUCCAGAUUGGCUUCCUUCUCCGUGAACCGUAGACUUGAACAUUCAACAUCACAAUCUAAUCACUCAUCAGAAUGUGUCACUGCAUUAUUAAAAACAGCAUCACCUGACUCCAUCAAGAGUCACACUGAUGGGAACACUUCACCCCCAUCUUCCAAAUGGUUAAAAAGUGCACGGAGGUCACCUAAAACUACAACACUUUCCUUACACCUCAACAUUUCAGAUUCAGAGGAAGAAAUGACAGGGGAUGAUGUUUGCCUGGUGCCCAGUGAGGAAGACUCCUCGGAUGAAGAACUGAGAUGUAUCAAUGAUUCAGAAGUGAUGAAGAACAUUGCUUCCUCUCCCCGUCCUGCCACGACCUAUUCAACAGAUUCUCUCUUGUCCUUUCGGUGUCUCUCAGAGUCGGGCCUGUUAACAGAAUCUUCCCAGGCCCUUCUUUCAUUAGCCCAGCGACAGGACGUCCAGCCGGGACAGGACCAAGGCCUGGAGGGGUUCUUCACAUUGGGACUGAAGGGUGAAGAUCUACAGCUCAGCCCGACUCCAGCUCAGACCUCGAGAGAAAGACGAAGCAGCACAGAUUGUUCUCUGGCUGGAGUCCAGGAUCUUUGGAGACCCAGCAGCAGUCUUCGGCAUAACGCAGAUGAAGGGCUGGUCAAUGUUCUGGUCAACAGUCGACCAAUCAGAAGCCCCCUUCGUUCGGUCACACCGCGCCGUGACGCAUCAUCACAGAGGCAGAGUUUCUCAAGUCAUCAGGAUGUUCUCAGCAGACGUUCCUCAAGCUCUUCUCUAAUCCAGAGCAUCAGCACUCAUCGGGUCAGCUCAUCUUGUCGUCCUCUGUCCCGUGCAGCCCAUGAGAUCAUGGAGGUCCAGAGCGUAGAGCGGCCUGAUCUCCAGAACUCAGAUGAGGAAGAGCAGGAUUGUCUGGCUUUGGCCUGCUUGGAGGAAGAGUUCAGGAAUAUGAGCUGUACACCACGCGAUCAGGAUGAAAUGGCUUAGAUUUUACUUCCACUGCUUUUGAAUUAUUUUUAAGUAGAAGGUAUAAUUUAAUAUCUACAGUAUAUGAUGUAGAGCUUUAAUAUGUGUGUAAAAAAAAUGACAUUCAUUUUAUAAAAUUAAUAGAAUUUUUUGUGUUAUUAAUGUCUUGUUGUGCAAAAAUAAGUGAAUUAAUCUGAUUUUGAGGAAUCAUAUCUAUUAAUUUCCUUGUGAUAUUCUUAUCUUUUGCACUGCAAAUAAAUUUUAUUCACUCACAACAAUUAACCAAGUAAAUGUGUGCUUCAUCAUCAUGUUACUGUAUGGAGUAUUGUCCAGGUCUAAAACCACAACUAAUUUAAUAAUGUAUGAGACUGGCUGGAACACAGCCAGUAAAACAACAUCACAUCACAUGCUGGUUACCUACUGCUACCCAUGGCAACUUACUCAUUAGAUACCAUAAAGUGAACUAAAUAACAUUCAGACUGCAUGCUCAUUAAACAAGCCUAACAUGCCCACUCUUGAAUAUUUUUCUUAUUUCAGCAUUCACAUUAAAUAAUACACACCUAUACAGAACCAUUAACACAGAAACACACACAAUUAAUCCAGAUCUGAUCUUUCACCAGCAUCAGUUGUGACCCUGUGUCAGUUUUAAAAUAGGUUUGCAUGCAAAAAAUAUUUGAAUUUACAUUUAUGCAUUAGGCAGAUGCUUCAAUGCAAACAAGACUUACAGUUUAUUACAAGAUACAGUACAAAUUUGAUCAGUAAGUGCGUUCCCUGGGAUUGAAUACCU